CUGGUUCUCACGAUUCGAGCAUGACGGUUGGAUUGCGCACGCUGCGGCCCGUAUUAAGAGUAGGGGGGCGUGGUGUGAAUCCAACAUGUUGGAUGGGGAGGAAGCAAUUGAGCGUGUCCGCAGCAGAGCUCCGAUUUGGGCAACCGCUCCAUGAGACCCAUCCGCACUUGCUGAAAGCCGGUGAGGUUACUCCGGGAAUCACAGCCCAAGAAUACUACAACCGCCGCGCCAAUCUUGCACAUGCCCUUCCUCCGAACUCCAUUGCCAUCCUAGCCGCAUCCGACCUCAAAUACCGUUCCGGAGCCGUGUUUUACAAAUUCCACCAGGAUCCUGAUUUUCUUUAUUUGACUGGUUUCAACGAACCCGAUGCUCUGGCUGUCAUAGAAAAGACCAGUAACGACUCCGAACACACCUUUCACCUCUACGUCCGUCCAAAAGACCUUAAAGCCGAGCUCUGGGAAGGAGCCCGCUCCGGCGUCCAAGCUGCCCAGGAUGUCUUCAAUGCCGACUCCGCAGGCAAUGUGAACAACCUCCCGAAGCUGCUUCCGGAGAUUCUCCAGAGAGCGAAGACUGUCUAUACGGAUCUACCAAACAGCAUAAUCACGAAGAACAUCCUCGCGCGCUAUCUAUCUGGCAUGGAGCCCGCACGAUCAGGCGGCGUAGCCCAAGCCCUACGUGACGCUUCCGGCUCAGGCAUCGCCAUCAAGUCCCUGAGACCAUUCAUGAACGACCUCCGCGUUAUGAAAAGCCCAGCCGAAAUCGCAAACAUGCGGCACGCAGGCCAAGUCUCCGGUCGCGCCAUCACAGAUGCCAUGCGGCAAUCCUUCUCCUCCGAAAAAGACCUUGAUUCCUAUCUCGACUACCGCUUCAAGCAACACGGAUGCGAUGGGCCAGCCUACGUCCCUGUGAUAGCCGGUGGCAUUAAUGCGAACACAAUCCACUACGUUUCCAACGACCAGCUCUUCAAGUCUGGCGACCUCGUGCUAGUCGAUGCCGGCGCCGAGUACGGCGGCUACAUCACCGACAUCUCUCGGACCUGGCCCACAAACGGAAAAUUCGGUGACGCGCAGCGCGAUCUUUAUUCUCUCCUUCUGUCUGUCCAGAGAACGUGCGUGUCUCUCUGCCGUGCAAACUCCGGCUUCAAUCUUGAUAAAUUGCACAAAACCGCGUCGUCGAGUCUCGCUGGUGGGCUGAAGGACCUCGGUUUCGAUAUGUCGGAUGAUGCGAUUGAUAUCCUGUUUCCUCAUCACGUGGGGCAUUAUAUUGGAUUGGAUGUGCACGACAGCCCUGGCUUCCCGCGGAAUCGACAGUUUGAGAAGGGCAUGUGCGUGACUGUAGAGCCAGGUAUUUAUGUCCCAGAUGAUGAGAGAUGGCCUGUUUGGGCAAGAGGUAUAGGGAUUAGGAUUGAGGAUAGUGUUUGUGUGGAUGAUGACAGCCCGUUGGUUUUGACAACUGAGGCUGUUAAGGAGGUUGUUGAUAUUGAGGCAUUGAGGGAUUAAAAGAUGUCGCCCUUUCUGUGUAAGUUGCGUGUAUGAACACUGCAUGUGAAGAAAUGUGGGACCUUGUUCGGAGGAAGCUGAGAGCAUGAUUCUGGAGCACAGAUACAAAGAACAAUGGCUUGAUAGCUUCCAGGCGCAAAUAUACUUCC